AUGGCUACGGAGACUGCUACGAGAUCGAGCUCAGCGGCCGAUUCGUACAUAGGGAGCUUGAUAAGUUUGACUUCGAAGAGUGAGAUCAGAUACGAAGGCGUGCUUUACAACAUCAACACCGAAGAGUCUAGUAUUGGGCUCAGAAACGUACGAUCAUUUGGAACAGAAGGAAGGAAAAAAGAUGGACCACAAAUCCCUCCGGGUGACAAAGUUUAUGAGUAUAUACUAUUCCGCGGGAGUGACAUCAAGGAUUUACAGGUUAAGUCUUCUCCACCUGUUCAGCCUACCCUACCACCUAUAAACAAUGAUCCAGCUAUUAUUCAAUCUCACUACUCCCGCCCGGCUCCUUCAACAUCGAGCUUACCUGCUCCUGCUAGUGGAUCUUUGACGGAUAUUAAUCCUCAUACUGCACAGUUGGGACUCCCUGGUCCAAAUUUCCAAGGUAGUUUGCCUUUAUAUCAACCUGGAGGCAAUUUAGCGUCAUGGGGGGCUACGCCUCCUCCUCCAAGUGCAAAUGGUGGUGGGCUUGCAAUGCCAAUGUACUGGCAAGGAUACUAUGGCCCUCCAAAUGGGCUUCCUCAUUUACACCAGCAAUCGUUGCUUCGACCACCACCUGGGCUAUCAAUGCCUUCUUCAAUGCAGCAGCCACUGCAGUACCCCAAUUUUAAUGCCUCCUUACCUACUGGAACUUCAAACUUGCCUGAUGUUCCGUCGCCUUUGCUUCCAGCUGCUAGUAUUAGUUCUACUUCUUUGUCUCAGUCAACGUUGCCAACAACUCUGCCUCCAGUGCCUUCUACAACACUAGCUUCUGAAACCUUGCCAAGCUCAAUGCCUAACAAGGCACCAAGUUCUGCCCCUUCUGUAGCCACCCUUAGUGCAAACUUGCCACCUAUUUCUUCUCUAACUACUACAAGCCCAGAUAUAAGUACUGUUGUACCACCAAUCUCUAACAAGCCUCAUGCAAUUUCUGGCCCAACCUUGCCUUAUCAAAACAUAUCUCAAGCUACUUCCUCUGUUGUCGGGACAUCCAGUUCUUUGCGCAUGGAAACACUACUGCCUUCUUUGGUAACCCCGGGCCAGCUGUUGCAAUCUGGAUCUGGUGCAGUCUCUUCAACUCAAUCUUUGCAAACCGCUCACAAGGAUGUGGAGGUGGUCCAAGUUUCAUCGUCAACCUCAUCAGAACCCACGGUGCCAGUCUCGGCCGAAUCUCAGCCCCCAAUAUUGCCAUUACCACCACCUGUACGGGCUGGUCAAAAGAGUUCCCGUCCAAUAACAAAAUUCACUGAAGACUUUGAUUUCACGGCAAUGAAUGAGAAGUUCAAUAAGGAUGAGGUUUGGGGUCAUCUGGGUAAGAGUAACAAACCUCACCCAAAGGACAAAGAUGGAGAUGGAAACGCCAGUGAUGAAGAUUAUAUUGAGGAUGAAGAUGAGGUGGAGUUGUCGAAGGUUGAGAUCAAGCCCGUCUACAAUAAGGAUGACUUCUUUGAUACCAUCUCUUGCAAUGCUAUGAAUCAUGAACAGAAUGGAAGGACUAGAUACUCUGAGCAAAUAAAGAUAGAUACUGAGACUUUUGGCACUUUUUCAAGGUAUCGGGGUGGUCGAGGUGGCCGUGGUCCUGGGCGUGGUGGCCGUGGUCGUGGUGGUUACUAUGGAAGGGGUUACGGGGGUUAUGGGGGUUAUGGCGGUGGCUAUGUUGGAAGGGGCCGUGGCCGGGCCAUGCCCACUCGUGCUCCAUAG